AAGUUGGUACAAAAUUUCUUGGACGGAAUGAAAAGUAGGCAAGUGUGAGAAAUAGAGAAAAACCAGGAGGUAAUAAUGCCAACUAGUCAAUAGACAUCCUAUAUCCACUCUUAACCAAGCAGAUGCUGUUUCUUCCCUCACUCUAGCAGCCUCUACAAGCCAACGCUUCUCCACUUACAAGUAAUUUCUCACUUUUCCAACUCUCUCUCUCUCUCUCUGAGAAAAAUAUGUGGCUAAUCUUGAAUUAAAGGAUAUCUUUUAUUUUAUUAUUUACCAUUUCAAUGAGAGAUAAAUAAAGAGCAAAGAGUUGAAAUUGAGGGUCACAAGUAAGUUAUUGUUUCACUUGCCUGUGGCUUUUUUGGAUUUUUCUUCUGCAUUUUGAGAGGAAGGUAGAAGAGAGUUAUGCAUCAUUUAGCAGGAGGAAAGAGCAAUCUUGUUGAUUCAGGUUCAGAGACAAACAACCUUGUGUCUAGAGGCAACAAUGAUCAUCCCCUUUGCCCGAAGCCCCGCCGGCUUGGGGCUGCCAUACCUGAGUUUCUCAAGCCCCAGAGAUGCAGCAAACACAGCCAAUUCAACACAGAUGGACGUAAAGAUAUUCUGAACAUAAUUUCUGAAAAGAAUACAGAUGGAAGGGAAACUGUCUGCAAUGGCUGCACACCAUCAUGUUUUCCGGGGUCUCCUCCGGGAAGAACGGGUAAUCCUUUGGUUCAUGAUGUGCAGUUUGUUCAUCAGAUGGAACUUGUUUCACCAUUUGCGCGAACCAAGCUCUCCGAUAAGUUUGGAUUCACCUCUGCUUCCCCAAUAUGAGUUUCAGAAAUAAUGUGCAGCUAGCAGUUUGUGGAGGAAGAGUAUGAUAGUAUUAGUACGACCAAAAUGAGAUAAAAACUUGAAAUACCAUUUUGAUGGGAGUGUUUUUGGUAGUUUUUUUUUCCCCCCUUUUUUAUGGUAUAAAAUGCAUUGUGCCUUGUAAAUAUUAUGAGAUGAAGUGAGGAACGAGUUAAAAUGCAUCUUGUACAUGAUAUUGUCAAAAAAAGUUAUCUAUUUUUAUUAUAUGGCUAGCUUUGAAGACUCUGUACGAGUCUUUGUGAUUUUCUGGGAUACACACGCCAUAUUGCUGUCAAAUGAGACUUGAGAGGCCAUUUUCUGCA